GUGGGUUGCCAUUUCCUUCUCCAAUGCAUGAAAGUGAAAACUGAAAGUGAAGUCGCUCAGUCAUGUCCGACUCCUAGCGACCCCAUGGACUGCAGCCCACCAGGUUCCUCUGCCCAUGGGAUUUUCCAGGAAGUUUUGCUGGAGUUGCUGGAACAUGGUGUGGAUGGCUUAUGGAAAGCAGAGCGUUACGAAGGAAUUUCUGAAAUUUCCAAGUUGAUCAUUCCAAUUUAUGAGAAUCAUCGAGAGUUUGAGGAAGGUCAUCCAAGCAUGCAGCAUUGCACUGGAACUAAAUGAGUGGUUAAUGAAAGAGGAUCAGAUUGAAUACCAUGAAGAGCUCACAUCAAAUUUCGAAGACAUGGUGAAAGAAUUGUCUGACGUUAUUUAUGAACAGAUAAUACAAGAAGACCCAAUGCAUUCUCCCUGGAUGAGCAACACAUUACGUGUAUUUUGUGCAAUUAGUGGUACGUCAAGGGACCGAAACUAUGGUUCCCCAACAUACACUGCUGAAAUAUGAGGACAUGCAGAUGUCAAGUGACAACAAGACUGAACAUCUCAGGAAUAUUUGGAGCUGUGCAAAUGUUUAAAAUUUAAAGAUUUGUUAUACACGGAGUGUUUCUU